AUGGCAUUCGGCGGAGGUUUUGGCGGAUUUGGGUCAAACCAGAACAACACCUCAGGUUUCGGUGCUUCAGCUUUCGGAUCGAGUGCGACUAAUGCUGGAAACACGAACAACACGUUCGGCCAGCCAGCUGCAUCCUCAAACUUGUUCGGCCAAUCUACUGGCACAGCAUUCGGUUUCGGUUCGAACGCCGCGACUGCUACACCAUCUACGUUUGGUGCUUCCACAGCUCCUACAUCUUCGCCAUUCGGCGCCGUGAACAAGCCCACCUUCGGUGCAACUCCUGCUUCAGGAGGAGGAGGAAUAUUCGGAGGCGGUUCCUCGACUUUCGGAAACAACGGAUUCGGGAGUUCCAAUACUGGAGGAAGCAACACGUUUGGUGGAGCUAAACCUACAACCACGGGAAACACAAUGUUCGGCUCUGGCACAUUCGGUAAUACAUCUACCCAACCCACAAACAACGGUACGGGCUCCACGCCUUUCUCGGCCUUUAUCGAAAAGGACAAUGCCGCCAAUACCAACAGUCAUUAUCAAUCGAUCACCUUCAUGCAACCUUAUCAAGCAUUCUCCUUCGAGGAGUUAAGGCUUGCAGACUACUCGGCUGGUCGUAAGGUUGGCAAUGCGAAUGGCCAAGCUGGAGCGUUUGGUCAAGCCUCGGGUUUCGGCAGCGGGUUCAACUCUGGUCAAGCUGCUUCAACUUCAACUUUCGGCGCUCCCCAGGCCACCAACACAGGAGGUGGCAUAUUUGGCGCACAGGCGAGCACACCUGCUACAGGCACCUUCGGGUCGGGUUUCGGGCAGCAGAACAAUUCUACAUCUACAGGAUUGUUUGGUCAGCAAAACAAGCCCGCGUCUGGUGGAAUAUUUGGAAAUGCACCUGCCUCAACCGCUAAUGCAACAAGUACGCCAUUUGGCGCAUCCACGUCCAACACGUUCGGCACCUUCGGCCAGCAGAACAACAACUCGAACUCUACAGGCUUGUUUGGUCAGCAGAGUAAGCCCACAGGGAUGUUUGGAAAUUCGAGCGCACCAACUUCCACCUCAACAUUCGGCAGCACUCCUGCAGCUUCUUCAACUCCAUUCGGAGGUUCCUCGACAGGAGCAUUUGGCCAGGCUGCGAACACAAACACCACUGGUGGCACAGGCCUGUUCGGCCAGAAUACUACCAACAACACUGCUAGUCCAUUUGGAACUCAGGCUCCUGCUGCUAACACAGGUAACAAUCUAUUCGGUGGAGGCGGCAAUGCAUUUGGCCAGAACAACCAGAAUCAACAGCAGAAUCAGACCGGCACAACCAACAAUCUGUUCGGCGGCGGCUUUGGCCAGAACAAUCAGCAAAAGCCUAGUCCAUUCGGUGGUGCGGCCAGUGGUACAUCGAGUAAUCUAUUUGGGGGUGCUCAAACACAGCAGAGCAAUACCUCUGGCGGCCUCUUCAAUCAGGCAAGCAAUAAUAACCAAGCUCAAACUAAUUCGCUUUUCGGGGCUAAGCCUGCAACUGGAAACUUAUUCGGAUCUUCUCAACCUCAGCAAAACACGGGAACUGGCUUAUUUGGUGGAGGUCAAGCUCAGCAGAGCACUCCAUCUCUCUUUGGCAAUCAAAGCAACCAACAGAAGCCCGCGACUGGAUUAUUUGGAAACACUGGCGCCCAACCAGCCGCUUCUAACUCACUCUUCGGUGGUAACCAGAACCAGCAACAGAACACAGGCAACAGCUUGUUUGGGGGCAGCACUCAACAAUCUGGUCAGUCGAAUGGAUCAUUUGGCCAGAGUAAUCAGCAACAAUCUAGCUUUGCUGCUACUUUGUUGACCAACCCUUAUGGCAACGACCAGCUCUUCAGCAACCUCGGUAGCCCUGCUCCUGCUGUGGGACCCCUCGCUACACCCCUUUCUGGAGCGCAGAAGCCGGCUAAGCGCCCUGCUGCACUUCCACAGUUCAAGAUCAACCCCAGUGCGAGCUUGCGUCUCAUCACUCCUCAAAAGCGCUCAAACGGUUACGGUUUCUCAUACGCCACUUACGGUACUCCUGGCAGUGCACAGAGCUUCACAUCUAAUGGCCUCGGAAGUAGCUUGUUGCAGUCAGGCGGUCUCAGCCGCUCUUUGGGCAAGAGCUUCUCUACUAGCAACCUUAACAAGAGUGUCGGCAGUGGCGACAGUGUUCUCGCUCCUGGAGCCUUCACGCCCAACAACAGAUCAUACACUGGCGGCAGCAUUCGUAGACUGAAGAUCGACCGUAACCUGAGAACUGAUUUGUUCGGCGACAACACUCCCGUCGAGCCUCCUACUAAGCGCGUCAGCUUCGAUGAAGGCGACAAGGGCAAGACCUCGACAAACGGCUAUGUUGAGACUCCUGCUAGCAGUGCUCUCGUCCGCACUGAAACCGAUGAGGCUGAACCAUCUUCUGAAGACCUUGGCUACUCCCGUGCUGAGCGUCACACAACCGACGGUGCAUCGGUGAACGGCACUUCCUCCACCAACCAAGUCAGAGGCAACGAACUUGCAAUGGUGCCUGAAGAUGGACCCGCCCCCGCCUCUUCCACCAAGCCUGUCUCUGCAAAGGACGUGCCACGCUCGCAGGCAGACCCUCAACCUGGAGACUACUGGAUGAGCCCCUCCAUGGAGGAUCUCCGUAACAUGUCUCGCCAGCAACUCAAGAGAGUCACCGGCUUCACUGUCGGCCGCCGAGGUGUCGGUAAGGUCGAAUUUGAUCCUGUGGACCUUACUCAGGUUCCCUUGGACGAGAUUAUCGACGAUAUUGUCAAGCUUAAUGUGCGCCAAGUCACUGUCUACACUACCGGUGUCAACACUCCUCCCAUGGGUCAGGGUCUCAACGUACCCUCUACCAUCACGCUUGAGAACUCAUGGCCUCGCGCUCAGGCUGGACGUCUUCCUGUUCACGAGCGUAAGGGCCAGCGUUACGAGAAGCACAUUGAACGUCUGAAACGUGUUCAAGAUACCGAAUUCAUCAGCUACGAUCCUGAAACCGGCAUCUGGGUCUUCCGCGUUCCGCACUUCACCACUUACGGGCUCGACGAUGAUGAUGAGUCGGACGAUGAAGCCGAGUAUGGCAGUGACAUGAUGAGCACUGGCCAAGAUCUUACUCCUAAGGGUAACAACACUGCUGUUCAAGAGAUGUCUCAGGCCUCAUCCGAGGAGGGUUCUGUCAUCAGCGAUGAAGAUGAUGAAUCCAACCCUGAUGACACCUUUGAUUUUAAGAAAGGUCCGUCAAAAAUCCUGCCUGGCAGCUUCGGUGCUCAGCCAAUUCAUAACGAUGACGAAAUGGCUGACGACAACGACGCUCAGGAUCAGGAAGAGGAUUCCUCCUAUCUUGAACACCAAGACCCGCACUCGCACGAAGACCAGUUCAGGUCUUCCGGCAGCAGCAACGCACCUCCCGUUGAAGCUGUCGAUGAACAAAUGGAGGAGGAGAUGGACUAUGAGGAGAUGGACGGACAGGAUAUGGCAGGAUCGUUCCCUGAACCUGCCGCUCAAGCUCCGUACAACGACUAUGGUAUUUCUUUCAGUGGAUCUCUCAUGCCGAAAUCAAUUCUCAAAGCAUCAACUAUGUUAAAUGGCACACCGAAGAAGGAUCUCGCACUUGCAGGUGACUGGGCAGAACAACUUCAGAGAACUGCUAGCCCCAAGAAGCAAGAUCGUCAGGCACUUCGUGAGCGUCAGAGUGUCAUGGGUGCAGCCCCUGUUGAUACCGCACCACCAUUAGCUGCGUCUAUUGCUGGCAAGGCUUUCUCUACGACUAUGGAUAUUAUGAACUCUCUUUGGGCACCUUCGGCUUCUGUCGCAGGUCAUGGGUUGCAAACAAGCACUGUUGGUGGUAAAGGUUUUGAGUGGCCCUACCAGAAGCAGUCGAGAACUGAGGAUGCAUUCGCCGACAUGAACGAGAACGAACGUGGUUUCCACACAUCCUUCAAGCCUCGCUGGGCUACAGAUGGCACUCUUGUCUACAGCACCACCAGCGCCGCUCCUCCAUUGUUCGGCAACAUGAUUGGCACCAAGAAACCCAUCGUGUCAGAGCACAAGGAUGUCCGCUUCGCCAAGUUCAAAUCACCACAAGACACACUCACCACAUCACUGCAGUUGCAACUACAACAGUCGGCUAUCACUUCGGCUGAGACCUCGUUCGCUGCCAUGGCAGAAAGCGUUGCGCACCCCGACACACCCGAAGCUCAGCACGAACGUUCUGUCUGGCGACUGGCUUCUAUUCUGUUUGAUCCCGUCGAGAUUGGGUGUCCCGACUUGGUCAAGAACAUCUCAAGCUCUGAAGUUGUCACACUCGAGUCACGCAUUCGUCGUGACGCUUUGUCAAAUUUCUGGGCUCAACUUGUUCAUGCAGAGGCCGCACAGCAUGCCAAGGAUGCAGGCACAGCCGAGGAGAAGGCAAUUGCAUUCCUGAGUGGCAACAGCAUCGAGGACGCCUGUUCAGCACUUCUCGAGGGUCGCGAUUUCCGCCUUGCAACCAUCGUAGCCCAACUUCCUGGCAACUCGAAGUCAAAGGAGAUGAUGGCCAAGCAGAUCGAGAACUGGAGGUCACAAAACAUGAUCUCUGAGAUGACUGAAGCAGUGCGCGCCUUGUAUGAGCUUGUUGCUGGCAACACUUGCAUCAGUGAAGGAAAGAGCGGUCCAGCUGAAGAUAAAGCUUCGGCUUUCGGCAUCUCAUCGCGCUUUGGUCUCGAUUGGCGCCGCUCCUUUGGACUGCGUCUCUGGUUCUCUGGUGCCAACGAUUCGCUUGCAGAUGCAGUGCAACUGUACAUUGACGAUCUCGCGGCAGACAAGGAGACUAUUCGCCCCGUACCUUACUUUACUGAACAGUCACUCGCUCCUUCCUGGCAUGACACUGACGCGCAAGGCAACGAGGAUACUUUGCUUGGUCUGUUGAAGCUCUACUCGAGACAACCAUCUUCGAAUAUCAGUGAUGUCCGUUCCUUGGUCACCAACCUUCUGUCUCCAGCAUCUGUCUCUGGAAGCCCACUCAACGCUCGCCUCUCAUGGCAGCUGGCUACUCUCCUGCAGAAGAAGGGCCUUCUCACCGCUGCUGAGUUGAGCGACGCCGCCCUGGAUCAGCUGUCUUUGACUCUUUCUGGCCAGCUCGAGGCUGCCAACGAACUUGUCUUUGCGACCAACGUCCUGCUUCAUCUGACCAAUGAGUCGGCUCGCGAGAAGCACAUUCGCGACCUCCUUUACCGCCGCGCUGCCGCACUCUACGAUGCAAGCAACCCCGACGCCCUUCCCACCGUCUUGACCCAAGACUUUGGUCUGCCCGAACAAUGGCUCUGGCAUGCUCGUGCACUCUACGCACGCUCGAUGCUCGAAGAUCACAAUGCCGAAGUCAGCUAUCUUCUUCGCGCCGGCGAUUCAGCUCAAGCCCACGCCGUGCUCUGCCGUACCGUCGGUCCCGCAGCCAUCAUACAGCGCGAGUAUGAUAGUCUCCGCCAGCUUCUCGACCUCUUCCAGAACACGCUUUCUACAGAGACACUCGAGUCUUGGCGCACCGGCGGACAAGUCUACUCGGAUUACACACACCUGCUCGACCUUGUACGCCGCGACGACGAUGCCAGCCGUGCUACCAAGAAGGAACUGCUGGACCGCUUGACCGUCUCUCUGCCCGGUGUCCUCGAAGGUCGCACCGGCAAAGUUGACCUCGAAGAGCGUGUUGCCAUUGGCGAGAUGGCCGGUCUGGUCAAGGCUGAAGUGGAGAAGAUGGGUAGAGAAGACAAGGGCGUGGAUAGAAGUCUCGUCAACAGGCUUCCUGUUGCUGGUGCCAAGUACGCUACUCAGGGCGUUGAUCUCAGCAGAGCUUACUACCGUGCUAUUGUUGCUUAG